GUUGACUAAGUCAAUAAUCAGAAUCAGCAGGUUUGGAGUCAGAUUGGCAGGGAUAAGUAGCCUGGCUUGGAAGAAGUCAAUAUAAAAGGCCCGAGCUGAGAGCAGCAGUCACAGAAGUCCGCUAGUUCUUGGCAGAAUGGCUUCUCAUCGCCUGCUCCUCCUUUGCCUGGCUGGACUGGUAUUUGUGUCAGAAGCUGGCCUUGUGGGCACUAGUGAAACCAAAUGUCCUCUGAUGGUCAAAGUCAUGGAUGCUGUCCGGGGCCGUCCCGCCAUCAACGUGGCUGUAAGAGUGUUCAAAAAGGCUGCUGAUGAUACCUGGGAGCCAUUUGCUGAUGGGAAAACAAGAAAGGAAGAUGGGUCCGGGUCAGAAUCAAUGGCGUUCAUGGCAAAUGACUCUGGACUCCGUCAUUAUACCAUUGCAGCUCUGCUCAGUCCCUAUUCUUAUACCACCACAGCCCUUGUCAGCAACCCAAGGAAUGAGAGUCUUCUUCAAUGA